ACGAAGCGACAAAUCCUCUCCUCUGUCGCCAAACUUUUCGACCCCGCAGGAUGGCUAGCGCCGAUAAUGAUUCAAGCCAAAAUUCUCUUGCAGGAGCUAUGGCUUGAUGGAACCGACUGGGAUGAACAGGUAAAACCCAUCCGUCUCGUCAAGUGGACGCAGUUCGCGAACAACUUAAAAGCCAUACCAGCAAUCCAAAUUCCUCGUUGGGUGAACUAUUCUCCAGGCCAACCUGUUGAGCUGCAUGGUUUUUGCGACGCGUCUGAGAAGGCAUAUUGCGCCAAUAUUUACGUCAGAGCGAUACGAGAAGAAAACAUAACGUGUCACCUCCUAGUCUCUAAAGGCAAAGUGGCUCCCCUAAAAACCACCAGCUUACCACGUCUCGAAUUAUGUGGGGCCCGUCUCGUCCCUGUCGUCCAAUCCCAGCUCAAUCUCCACCCGCAAGCUUUGAUUUUGUGGUCUGAUUCCGAAAUUGUGCUCUCAUGGUUGGAAAUAAUCGAUCUGGUCGGAAAUGCCACCUGGCGGCAUGUACGAACUCACGAUAAUCCCGCCGACAUGGGUACAAGAGGAUGUAAACCUCUCGACUUGGCAGCCUCCUCACUGUGGUGGAAGGGUCCGGAAUGGCUCACCAGCCCCGCGGAAUCUUGGCCGAAAGCUUCACGACGCACAAUCAACAGUCCACCCGAAGUACGCCGAAUUGAAGCGUUACAUACCACCGAAGAAGAACCCGACAUUCUGGAUCGUUUCUCCUCCUUCACACGCGCACUCCGGAUUUUGACUCACGUUUUUCGAUUCAUACGGACUCUGAAAACGCGAACAAGACACAUAAUAGCUCACCCUUUACCUCUGGAGCACGAUGACUUCCGAAACACUAAAGACCAGCUUAUCGCCUUAACUCAAUCCCGAUAUUUCUCCAAUGAAAAUAGGAAUUUGUUAGCUUCUCACCUUAAACCCAUUUUUGGACUUCUACGUGUGAACGGUCGACUGGCGCACUCAACGCUAAGCUACAAUGAACGCCACCCCAUCAUUAUUCCCGAGAAAUCCUGA